UGAGAUCUUGUCUAGCGAGCAUAUUACUUCAUAUGUACGUAAUCAGCGGAGCGAACGCGCUUUUCAUAAUCUAAGGUUGAAAGAGUGGAUCUGGGAGUGCCUAGUCUGUCUGCCCGGGAGCGCUGGACAUGCUGACCGCCUUAGCACCGUCCUCCAUCGGUGUGAACAAGGACCUGGUGGACGACCUGAACAAAAAUGUCACCAGUAAGACCGGUGGUAGUGGUGGUGGUAAUAGUGGUGGUAGUGGUGGUGGUGGUGGUGACGGUGGUCACUCCCUCACCCAACUGGAGUCUCCCCCACCCACCACCCACUCCCUCACCCACGCCCACACCCAUCACGCCCACCAGCAGUCAGGUGGGCAGCCCAGCCUGGCCAACCUUGAUGCCCAACCAUCCAACACUCACAGACCCUCUGAUGUAAGUAUAUUCUCCUGGUGUCAUCAUACACCUCUGAUAUACUCCGGAAAUACCUUUGAUAAACCCCUGAUGCCUCUUUGGUAUACCCCAUAACUCUCUGAUA